UCGAGCAACACUGUACUUUUGAGCUAGAGAGAUAUUAAUUGUGAUAAGGUUUAAACAUGUGGAGGUUUAAUGAUAAUUUGCGAACACACCUGGAUGAGCGGUUUGUCAUGGAACGGAUCUGGCUCGAGGAGCGUCUAGACCAGAACCAGACCAACCUGAGCCAAAGGCUUAGCCAGAAAAUGGCUCUUAUGAAAGCUGAGUGGAGAAAAGAGGAAAGGAUGAGGAGAGAGCAAGAGGAAAAGACAAGGCCUGAUGGCAAUGUGGAUAAUCUGAAGGACAUCCUUGAGAAAGUGAAGCAGAUGGAGGAGAGGAUGAUGAAAAAGGAGGAAACAUUGGAUCAGAAGUUGCUGGAAGUCAGUGAGACUCUGAAGCAACAGAAAGAAGGGUACAAUCUCCUACAGGAGGAAUUCGAAAAGAUUAAGAUUGAAAGAGAGGAAAUGUCAGCAAGAAAGUUGGAAAUUGACAGAGAGAAUGAGAGUCUGAGAAAGCAACAGGAGAAAUUGGUGGCUGAGGAAAAAAAUCAACUCAUGAAAGUCAUUCAACAAAAAGAAGAACUUGUCCAUCAGUGGGAAAAGUUUUCUUUGGAGAGACAAAAACUUGAAGAGAUAAAAUGUGUAAGAGAACAGAAACAGAAGGAGAUGGAAAUUAGGAUUAUGGAAGCUGUAAAGAAUGAAGAGCUAGCAAAGCAGCGAGCAAAAGCUCUAGAGAUAGAAAAGAACAUGGAGAUUGAGCGUAUGAAAAUUGAGAUGGAAAAAGAGGCCAUCAAGAAAGAAAAAGAGAGAGAGCAAGCAUUGCAAGCUCUAAGACAGACUGUGGCCAAACUGGAAAUGAAAGAGCAGAAGAAGAAAAUCACAAGAGAGGAGAAAGAGAGAAAGAGAGAGAUGGAGGAGGAAUGGAGGACUAUUGAGGGGGAGAAAAAGAUCAUCGGAGAGGAGUGGAAUGCCAUUGAAAAUGAGAAAAAAAAGCUUAUGAAACAACAGAAAGAUGUUGAGAAAAGCAUAGAAAGAUCCCAGGAAGACAUUGCAUAUCAAGACAAUGAGAAAAGACCAAAGAAAAUACCAAAAGAGAAUUCAGCUGAAGAAAAAACACAGCAGGAAAAACGCAUGGGUAAAGACGACCAAGUAACAUCCCAGGCAUUAAUGGAAACAGAGAUGGCAUUUGAAAAUAAAUGGUGGGAGAAAAAAGAGAAUGAGGUGGCAGAAUGGCAGGCUGCAGAAAAGAAAAUGACAAAGGAUCAAAAAAGAGAGGAGAAAGAGAGAAAGAGAGAGAUGGAGGAGGAAUGGAGGACUAUUGAGGGGAAGAAAAAGAUAAUCGGAGAGGAGUGGAAUGCCACUGAAAAUGAGGAAAAAAAGCUUAUAAAGCAACAGAAAGAUGUUGAGAAAAAGACAGAAAGAUCCAAGAAGGACAUUGCAUAUCAAGACAAUGAGAAAAGACCAAAGAAAAUACCAAAAGAGAAUUCAGCUGAAGAACAAACAAAGGUGGAAAAACGCAUGGGUAAAGACGACCAAGUGACAUCCCAGGCAUUAAUGGAAACAAAGAUGGCAUUUGAAAAUAAAUGGUGGGAGAAAAAUGGGAAUGAGGUGGCAGAAUGGCAGGCUGCAGAAAAGAAAAUGACAAAGGAUCAAAAAAGAGCAGAUGUGGGCACUGCCCCUGUACUGAUGGAGUCGGAAAGCAAAAAGAUUGAGAAAAGCAUGGCAGACAAGAAAAAGAAAAAAAGAGAGGAGAAGCUUGUUAGAGAGAGACUUGAUACAAAAACUGAGAUGGACAGUAAAGAGGAGCUGUUUAAAACUAAAAAAGAGACAGCUUCUCUCCUGACUUGCAAUUCUCUCAGGCCUCCUCCCACUCCUUCCCCGAUGUCUGAACAAGGACCAGCACUUUCCAUCAGGAACAAAGCUAAAACAGAUAAGCUCCGAUUUAACUUUAGGAAAAACAACCUGAAAGAAGCCGACAUCAAACCAAUUGAAGCAAAGGUUGUCUCCCAAAAUGUUCUUAUUACACCAAAAUUAACAAAAGAGGUAGAUCCUCGAGAUGAAUUUGACAGAGAGCUUGAUGCUCUACUGGACUCUGAAACUGAGAAAGAUUGUGAGAAAGACCUGUUUAAAACAAAAAAAGGGACAGCUCCUCUCCCAACUUGCAGUCCUUUGCCGACUUGCAAUCCUCUCCCAGCAUGGACAAAGACUGAACAAGGAUCAGAAAGUCGCAUCCAGAACAAAGCUGGUACAGAUCAGCUCAGAUUUAACUUAGGAAAAAACAACCUGAAAGAAGCUGACAUCAACCCAACUGAAGCAAAGGUUGUCUCCCAAAAUGUUCUUAUUUCACCAAAAAGAACAAAAGAGGCAGAUCCUCAAGAGGAGUUUGACAGAGAGCUUGAUGCUCUACUGGACUCUGAAACUGAGAAGGAUGGUGAGAAGGACCUGUUCAAAACCAAAAAAGAGACAGCUCCUCUCCCGACAUGCAAACCUGAUGGUGAGAAGGGCCUGUUUAAAACGGAAAAAGAGACAGUUCCUCUCCUGACUUGCAGUCCUCCCCCAGCAUGCACAAAGACUGAACAAAGAUCAGGAUGUCGCAUCCAGAAAAAAUCUGAUAAAUGCCAGCUCAUAUUUAACUUUGGGAAAAACAACAUAAAAGAAGCCGACAUCAAACCCAAAGAAACAGAGGUUGUCUCCCAAAAUGUUCUCAUCACACCAAAAUUAACAAAAGAGAUAGAUCCUCAGGAGAAGUUUGACAGCGAGCCUGAUGCUCUACUGGACUCUGAAAUGGAGAAAGACGGUGAGAAGGACCUGUUUAAAACAAAAAAAGGGACAGCUCCUCUCCCAACUUGCAGUCCUUUGCCGACUUGCAAUUCUCUCCCAGCAUGGACAAAGACUGAACAAGGAUCAGAAAGUCACAUCCAAAAUAAAGCUGGUACAGAUCAGCUCAGAUUUAACUUAGGAAAAAACAACCUGAAAGAAGCUGACAUCAACCCAACUGAAACAAAGGUUGUCUCCCAAAAUGUUCUUAUUUCACCAAAAAGAACAAAAGAGGCAGAUCCUCAAGAGGAGUUUGACAGAGAGCUUGAUGCUCUACUGGACUCUGAAACUGAGAAGGAUGGUGAGAAGGACCUGUUCAAAACGGAAAAAGAGACAGCUCCUCUCCUGACUUGCAGUCCUCCCCCAGCAUGCACAAAGACUGAACAAAGAUCAGGACGUCGCAUCCAGAAAAAAUCUGAUAAAUACCAGCUCAUAUUUAACUUUGGGAAAAACAACAUAAAAGAAGCCGACAUCAAACCCAAAGAAACAAAGGUUGUCUCCCAAAAUGUUCUCAUCACACCAAAAUUAACAAAAGAGAUAGAUCCUCGAGAGAAGUUCGACAGAGAACUUGAUGCUCUACUGGACUCCCUUUGACCUCAAAGCUCUGCACUGGUGGGCUAGCAUUUCUGACUGAUGUGCCACCCAAAGACCUUCAAAGUGAAGAAAUGAUACUCUGUCAACCCUCCACCCUAUUGCCGAAUGAACCUUACAUUUUUCCAGACCAGUUGCAGACCCCUUUUAAUGUAACACAUCUUUUGCUGAUUUCAUUGUACCAAUAUAUUAUUCAAUAAAAUAUAAUAAAAAAUGUUGAUUGUU